UACAUUGUAUCAGUUCCCACACGAAGAACCAACGCGGACUCAUCCUCGACCGAGCAGCAGCACCCGGGGAAUUAAACCUGGAUGGGAGGCUGUCUGCGGGAUUAAUCGCCCGGAGGUCGCGGGAGAAGAGUGGGCUUGCGUGCAGGACUUCGCCGCGAUAACAUGCCCUGCGGACUCGGCUGUAGUGGAAGUGGACGGUGUGUGGAAGUGUGAUGGCAGGAGUCCAGUAAAUCGCUGGCGUCCCCUCCGCUCUUGUGCUGGAUGUGUCGGGGAGCGUUGACUGGCCCGCUGGCUCGCAUGGAUUUUUUACUUUGAUUCCACCGCGUGUUCCUGGCUCUUUGAAUGGAGUGACUGCCACCAUGGACGGAGCAGGGUUUGGAGUAGGCGCCGCCAGCUAAGUCGGAAAACAAUGUGGAUAAAUGGAAGGCAUAGAGUCUAAGCUAUCCGUUACCCUGCCCCCCGAGUCCCAACUGUCCAACAGGCUGUUGGACCUCAACAAGGCUAUCCUGGGCCGUUUGCACUAAAAUGUCCCUAAGUGGUGGCACUGCAGGCGGGAAAGGUGUGGAUUCUAAUGCGGUGGACACUUACGACAGCGGGGAUGAAUGGGAUAUCGGUGUAGGAAAUCUGAUUAUUGAUCUCGACGCUGACUUAGAGAAGGACAAACUUGAGAUGUCUGGCACCAAGGACGGUAUGGCGGCACCACCCAGCGCAGUGGCAGCGUUGCCCGACAACAUCAGGUUUGUUAGUCCAGUGUCUGGCUCUCAAGGCAAGGAAAGCAAAUCCAAAUACAAGCGUAAUAAGAAUUCUAAAGACAAUAGUAAAGCGUCAGCUGGUGACGGAAGCAAAAAAGAAACUACAGGACGGACUCAAGGGGAACCGGUAGUGACUGCAGGCGCUGCAAACAACAAUUCCACCUCUGGAAAGAACAUGGAAAAGGGGGGCAAAGCCGCCAGAGGUGUUUUAAGUGGUAAAAAAGAGAAGGAAGGCGCUGUUGGCAAAAACAAGAAGGACAAAACAGAUGGAGCCCCUAUUGUAGCAAUCACUGCUUCUGAGAAGGAGCUGUCUCAAGCCCAAGUCGCUUUGGGAAAUAGUCGGAACACAUCCUUUGAGAACACACAAUCCACAGACUUGGCAGAAGCCAAUCAAAUGGGAAAUAUUUCUCUUGAACCUGUUGGGAUAAUACCAGCACUCACCCCAAACUCUGAACCAAUGGAAGUAGAGAAUGGGAAUAACGAUUGCAAGACCUUAAAGAAGGUGAAAAAUGAAAAGAUGGAAUCGCCGGUCUCCACACCAGCCCCUCCCCCCCUCCACCUCCUGGCCACGGUCGGCAACAGCGAGAUUGCCUCACCGUGUGAGCAGAUAAUGGUGCGGACACGCUCGGUGGCAGUGAACACAUCUGAUGUGGCCCUAUCGACUGAACCAGAGUGUUUGGGACCUUGUGAGCCUGGUACCAGUGUCAACCUUGAAGGCAUUGUCUGGCAGGAAACGGAGGAUGGCAUGCUGGUGGUGAACGUCACCUGGAGAAACAAGACGUAUGUGGGAACACUUCUGGACUGUACACGUCACGACUGGGCCCCGCCACGGUUUUGUGAGUCUCCCACUAGUGAUUUGGAGAUGAGAAACGGUCGUGGCAGAGGGAAGAGAAUGCGACCAAACAGCAACACGCCACUCAACGAGAACAGCAACUCAUCAGACAACAAGGGCGCCACCAACAACAAGACGCGUGCAGCUGCAAAUAGCAAGGGUCGAAGGGGCAGUCAGACGCCGUCAGAGCGCCGCACUCCACCCAACAGCAACACCGAGGACAUUAAAGCGAGUCCCUCAUCGACUGGAAAACGCAAGACCAAACCAACCUCAGACAUGGAACCCAACUCCAGUUCAGAGGAUACCAAAGGCAACAAACGCAUGCGUACAAACUCGAACAGCACAGGAGUUGGGCCUACUGGUCUCCCCAUUUCCUCAAUCAAGACUGAGCCUCUUCCUCCCCCGGUCGAUCGCACUUGCCCCUCGCCUGUUUUAAUUGACUGUCCACACCCGAACUGCAACAAGAAGUACAAGCACAUCAAUGGUCUUAAGUACCACCAAGCACGUGCCCACAAUGAUGAAGACGUGAAGCUGGAGGCAGAUGCUGACAGCGAAUACGGCGAGGACUCAUCGCUUCACCCAGAUCCCAGUAACUGCAAUGGAGCAUCUAUUUCUCAAAAAGGAUCCAUGUCUCCUGCACGUUCAGUCACUCCCAAAGGUAGGAACUUUGAUGCUCAAAGUCCUUCGCCGUCCCCAGGAAAGUUUGGUAACAAGCAGGGGAAAAAGAAAGCUGCUGAGGCUGAAGUAGAUCCAGCAGCCGCUCCAAUGGACGGUGCUGAGGAUGGCCCAUGCCUCACCGAUGAGGCCAGUAAUGACGGUAUCGAUGAAAAGAGGGGCUCUGACAAGACCAAAAAGGUCAGCUGUGUCUCAAAGGCUGAUAAAAUGGCUCAGAAAAACAUGAAGUCCCCAAGACCUGUUGGACCAGGCCCCACGGCAUCCCAGCAGAUGUACCCCUUUCCUCCCGGAAAUCCCAAUUCUUCUCCUGGAGCGACACCAAUCAUUCAAGGAGUACCUAAAAGCCCUCAAAUGAAAGGUACGCAACCUAAAGCUCCUGCCAAUGGUGACACGGCUUCAAGUAACCCUAAAGACAAGAAGAAGAAAGACAAGAAGAAAAAAGAUGGCUCAAAGGACGGUGAUAGUCCCAAGCCUCUGGGUAAAGGUGGGAAGAUUGAGGAGGUGAAGCUCCCUUAUCCCGAGCCUCCUGAUCUGGGGAUGAAGGGGGAAGGGCUUUUGAACGGUUCCUCAGAUCCCCAUCAGAGUCGCUUGGCCAGCAUGAAAGCUGAGGCUGAUAAGAUCUACAGCUUCACUGACAACGCUCCGAGCCCAUCGAUUGGUGUGGCCAGUCGGGUUGAUGGCGCUGGAAUACCACAACCUCUAACACCUCUUCACAUGGCCAACCAAAAUGGCGCUGACAAUGUCUCAGUGAAAACCAAUAGUCCGGCCUAUUCUGACAUAUCAGAUGCCGGAGAAGACGGAGAAGGAAAAGUGGAGGGCGUGAAGGUCAGGGCAGAGGAUCAAGGCAACAGGGAAGGCGUCAAGAAGGCCCUCUUCCCUAACCAGACACCCAACAAAGAGGCUCAGUACUACGCUGGCUAUGAAGCCUACUAUUCACCCACGUAUGUUAACCCCAGUCCUGGUGGUCCCAGUCCCGCUACACCAGUGGUUGAAGGUGCCGCCAAGAUUAAACGGGAAGACGACCAGGAGCAGGUUGAGGAGAAAAUUAAGGUUGAGGUUCAUGAAGACCGCAAACCUGACAUCAGUGUUCCGAGUCACCUACAACAGCAGCAACCAUCAGUCAUUCAACAGAGAGCAAACAUGUACAUGCAGCCCCUCUAUUACAACCAGUAUGCCUAUAUGCCCCCUUACGCAUACCACCCCGACCAGGCUUAUCAUAACCACUUACUGAACACAAAUCCAGCAUAUCGCCAGCAGUAUGAGGAGCGUCAGCGACAGAUUGGAGAGCAGCAUCGUGCCGCUGAGAAAAAGUCAGACGUGGUCGCUAAAGACAGAGAAUCUUCCAUGAAGGAGGACUGGAAACAGAAAGGCCCUAUGCCACCGACUCUCACCAAAGCCCCGAGCCAGUCUGACCUGGGAAAGACACAGCAACCUCCGAGCAAAUUCAGAGACUCGCCGUCUGAUCUUUCCAAAUCUAUAGGCAGCAUAAAGGGGGAGGACCUUAAGACCCCACAGGCUGAAGGCUUAAAGAUGAAGCUCGCGGAAGGGGCACACCAUGGGAAGGAAGACCAAAAGCAAGCACUGGAGACAAGGAACCAGGGUGGUGGGGAGCAGGCCGCGUGGUACCGGCAGCAGUACCCGGACACCCAAAAGUCCCAAGUGGAGGACGAACACCCACAACAGCCGCCUCGCUGGAAAGAGGAACGCGACAGAGAACGGGAUCGUGAUCGUAAAUCGAAGGACGAUAGGUCAAGGAACAAGGACAGUCAAAGCGGCCCCAAAGAGGACGGCAAAGAGAGCUUGGAUCCCAGGAUAUUGUCAGAGGAGCACCGAGCUAUGAGCAAAGACUCGCGUUCAAAUCCCCACUUACAGUUUUCAUCACCACUAGCACAGCACCAGGGCUAUAUGCCCUACAUGCACGGUUACCCCUAUGGACAAGGAUAUGACCCCAAUCACCCCGGAUACCGAGGCAUGCCGUCGGUCAUGAUGCAAAACUACCCAGGUUCAUACCUACCAAGUGGAUAUCCAUUUUCACCCUACGGUGCUAAAAUAGCCGGAGGCGAAGAAGCCAGCGACAAAUCCCGCGCUAGCCCAACCGUCACCAAAACGGCAACAGACUCUAAAGCCCUGGAGAUCCUACAUCAGCACGCCAGCCAAUACAAAAGCAAAUCCCCCACGGUCGGCGACAAGCUACCGCACGAACGGGAGCCGGAGCGGGGAGCGGUGGGGGACAGGGAUCGGGAAAGAGAACGAGACGUGGACCGACCACGCUCCUCGCCCUCGCAGCGCAUCAUGCCCUCGCACCAUCACCUGGGAUACCCUCUGCUCUCAGGGCAAUAUGACCUGUCCUAUGCCACAGGGAAACCCGACCGUCACACCUCAACCCUGCAAAGAUUCAUGUGACUGGCUCACGUGAGAAAAUCAUCUCCCGGUUGUUACAAUUAGACAUCAGUUGAAUGGUGUAUUUAAUCUCUUUGUUUUUUCUUUGUUGUUCUGCCCAAAUUUUAGGCAGAUUGUUUGUAUGAUUUUCCACCCCUGGUAGAUGACCCUGAAUUUGUAACCCCUGGACUGUGAGAGGACUAAUAUCGCCCAGGUUCAAAGCCAUCGCUGUGCCGCGGCGCAGAGCAAACACCCACCCGCUGAUUAUAUCUAGUCUUUGCACUGUCAACACAUACAAUGCAAAAAGAGAUGGAUCUGCCUGAGAAGCUUUGUGUUGUUUAUUUUCUUAACUCGUCGUUGUUGUUGUUGUUGGUUUUUUUUGUCAUACGCAAAGAGAAACUGGUAGGGGAACUUUGUGGGCGGGGGAGAGGGGAGUGAAACUAAAUUAAAGACUGUCAACCAAUCGUGAUUUUGACUCAUUGAAGCGACGGUGAAAUCCAGAACUUGACAAACACGAGGCAGGAAAAACGGCAACAGCUGCUUCACUUCAGAGACUCCAGAGCCUGAGAUUCUUCACCUCACUGUUCAUCUCCAUCCUCCUCUUGUGUUUCAGGGAUGACAUGGCCAUGUUUAACCAGGGACCGCUCACACCUCAGUGCACAACACACACAUCAGUCACACUGCUACUGCAGCCCUCCUUCAUCAUCCAGCAUCUGCUGCUGCAUCGGCAGGCCACUUUUCUGCUUCACUUCUGAUCUGGAAACAAUGUGAAAUAUUUUGCUGCUGUAUUGUUGAGUCAAAGUUUGUCUUCAUCCAUCGUAUUUGGAGGAUUUAAAUACCGGAGUCUUUACAUCUCGUCUGCUUUGAAGCCCAGACUCCUGUUUGUCAAACUUCCAUAUUCACAUCAUUGUUUUUCAUCGCAUGGCUUCCCAAAUGAUCUUCAAGUUUCACACUUUUGCGGCUUCAUCAUCAUCCUCCAUCUGUCAAUCUUUAAACCUGAUGUCCAUUCUGAACUACAGUAAACCUGCAGCUCCUUUUUUCUGUCUGUCGCUGCUGGUCAUAUGGUGGGACAGAGGCGUUUUUAAAUGAACCUUUUGUCACAAAUCUUAGUUUUAGCAAGACGACACAAAGGUGUUUUAUCAUUUGAUCUGUAUUUAUGCUAAUUUGGACUGAUUGAAAUUCUGUAAUGAGAGACAAAUAUAUAAAUAUAUAUCGAUAUAGAUAUAUAUAGAGAGAGAGAGAUGGUGUAAAUAUUGUGUUCCAACAGAGGUCCCGCUUGACUUUAAAUUAUUUUGAUUUGAAAACUCAGGGGUCGUAGGUGAACUUGCAUAUAUAAAUAUAUAUAAAUAAAUAUAUAUCAAGAGUUUAGAUGAAACUGCAGAAUAGAAACUCCCUCAAAUCCAACAUGACGUCAUCCUGCGAUGCUGCACUGUCAUUCACAACGGGGAAAUGGAUUACACACACACACACACAGGACAUGUGGGAGGACGCCAGUAAACCACCAGAGAGUGGACGAGACGCUGGAAGGUUUUCCAUGGUCUCCUCCCAUGAGUUUUCUCUUUCCGUACUUUUAAAGAUGAACGGUGAUGAACUGAAUGUGCUGGUGUUUGUAAUUAAUCUGUGAGGGUCAUUAGGCAGCUGUGAUGUUUUCGGUGGUUUUUAGUACCAGCAGACUGGGUGCGUCUAGUUUCAUCACACCAUGGUUGUGACAUUUGUUCUCUCAGAGAGUAGUCAUGUAGUGCAAGGCGAAGCCCAGUCGAAAUCAUAUAUAUAUAUAUAUAUAUGAAUAUAUAUAUUCAUGAAAAAGUCAUGUUUGCUAUCAACAUAUUGGAAAGUGCUUGGCUCGUUGUAUUUCGCAGGACUGUAAUUGUUUUCUUUCAGUGAAGAGUAUAUUUAUUGGCCGGCAGUUGUCUCAGUUGGUGCCUAGUUUGAAACCUGUACAAAAAAAAACAGGGACACCUGCUCGUUCGUCCUCUCCUGACCCGCCGACUGUCACACAAAGAUCCCGCCACCACCCUCCCUUAAAGUACCGUAACUGGUGCUGGCAAGGAUGUUUACAGUGUCUUCAUUUUGCUAAUAUUGUGAGAUAUUCAGAACUCCUCCCGCCCCUCACCUCUCCUCCCCUUCCUCCUCCUCGCCCUCCCUCCCUUCAGGAGUUUGUGUAAAGUGUACAUUAUCAUGGUUCUUUUUUAUACAAUACUCUGUAACUUGCCUUUGUAAAUUUGGGCUGGAAAAAAAUAAAUCUUUUUAUGAGACAAUCUGUCCUGGC